UGAACCGGACAUAGUCAUUGCCGCUAUUUGACACGCGGCGUCUCCAUCCUUCCCUCCCGCUGCUCUGUCUUACUUACCUCUCCUCUCUCCUCUCUUGGGGCUCUCGUUCGAACCAGCAGGUCCGAUCUUGGCGGCUAAAAAUCUCGGAAGCAGCGGGUCCAGUGUGGACCGAGCCAUCCCUACCGCCCACCUAUUCGUUCCACCACAUGUCAGUCCCCAUUCAAUUCCUCUCUCUCUCUCUCAAACCCAAACAUAUUGUGUGUGUGUGUGUCUGAAAGUCUGGGGAUUGUGUGAAUUAUCUGGAAUUAGGGGGUGGGUUUGGUUAUUGGGUUGUUGAGAGUGGAUAUCGUUGAUCUGGUGGGGCCAUCAUGAGUGACGGCGGCGGUGCCGGUGCCGGUAAUCAGUUGAUCUCAGUUCAUCCCGACGAGCUCAAGUUCCAAUUUGAGCUGGAACAGCAAAGCUACGCAGAUCUUAAAAUUGUGAACAACACAGAACAUCAUGUUGCUUUUAAGGUUAAAACCACUUCCCCUAAAAAGUACUUUGUGCGGCCCAACACUGGUGUUAUACAUCCUUUGGACUCGUGUAUCAUAAGAGUCACCCUCCAAGCCCAACGAGAAUAUCCUCCAGAUAUGCAUUGCAAAGAUAAAUUUCUCUUGCAGAGUACGAUAGUGCCUCCACAUUCUGAUGUUGAUGAGCUUCCACAAGAUACUUUUAUUAAGGACAUUGGAAGGGCUGUAGAGGAAUGCAAGCUUAGAGUUGUGUAUACCUCUCCUGCCUCAGCUCAUGCAACCUCGGAAGAUCAAGCAUUAAGGGGCUCAACACGGAGUCCUGAUACCACUUCUAACGAGGCUUUGCAGCGUUUGAAGGAUGAAAGAGAUGCAGCUGUUCGGCAAACGCAGCAACUGCAACUUGAAUUGGAGUCGCUGAAAAGACGAAGAAAUCGAAAAAGUGACCCUGCCUUCUCCUUCACCUUCGCAAUCUUUGUGGCACUAAUAGGCAUUAUGCUUGGCUUCCUCUUGAACCUUUCAUUGUCCUCACCGUCCACAGAAUGAAUUGAUGCUUUUCAGGACUUAUAAGGAGAUUAUUUUUCUGUUUAUUUCAUUGUAUAAAUUAAACGCUGAGUUGGAUGCAUGGAAAGUCUGCCUAUUUUCUUCUCUCGUCUUGUAUAGUGAUCAAGUAAAUUUGUUGUGAUCAGCUGCUUCAUAGAUAUGUUUAUAGAGAAAAUAUUUAUCCGUUUA